AUGGAGCAGUGCACAGCAGCGAGUGUUCGCGCCUCUAUGGAGUUUAAUGGGCCGCUUAAUGCAUUAUCCCUAUCUCCGAACAACCGCCUAGUAGCUGUGGGAGGAAGAGACGUGCUCAAGGUGGUGGCGCUCGAAGCCUCUGGCUUCACUGAGAAACGCAAUUUGCGCGUGGUAGGAAAACCGAGUCUUAAUUUCAGCACCAACGAUAUUCGCUGGCAUCCACAUUCCGACUAUUUAUUGGCGACGGCAGCCACAAAUGGCGCCGUGGUAAUUUGGAAUUUGGAGCGGGAGGGAUACAAAUAUGUGCAAGAGCGAGUACUAAAUGGACAUCGACGUGCGGUGAAUCGUAUUUGCUGGCACACGUCCGAUUGGAACAUUCUCAUAAGUGGCUCACAGGAUGGCACGGUAAAGCUCUGGGAUAAACGCGGUGGAAAAGUCAUGCUAACAUAUCAACCAAAGUCGGAAAGUGUUCGGGAUGUGCGAGCCAGUCCUUUUCAUCCCAAUAAAUUUGCCGCUGCAUUCGAGAACGGUAUUGUGCAGGUUUGGGAUAUGCGCAAGAACGCGCAGCCAGAAUUAAAAUUUACAGCACAUAAAGGAUUGGUACUGAGUAUAGAUUGGCACCCGACAGAUGCCAACGUGUUGGCUUCUGGUGGACGCGAUCGCUAUGUGAAAAUAUGGGGACUGAGGGAUGUACGACAACCGAAACAAACGAUCCAGACAAUUGCGAGUGUAGGGCGUGUAGCCUGGCGACCGACCUUCGUUACGCACAUCGCAACGAGUGCUUCGCUGGUUGACAAUAGCAUUCACGUGUGGGACAUCAAGCGCCCGUUUAUCCCUAUUGCAUCCAUGAAAGGGCAUUCGGACAUUGCUUCGGGUAUAUCGUGGAUGGACACGCCUAUGUCCCCGAAUUUUGGCCAGCCAGAGAUUCCUGGCGAUUGGGAAGGUCAUGACUAUUGGCAGCACAUGUUGGCAUGCUCAAAAGACGGCACGCUUAAGCUGCAUUCGCUUGCUGACUCUUUCAAACCGCAUCAAUCGCUUCCAAGUGCAGCCCUAGCUCUGACCUCGAAGGGUCAGGUCGCAUUCUCCCAUGACUACAUCGAUCGAUCGUGUGCAUCCUUGAAAAUUCACCGCCAUUUCAGUUUGAAUAGCUCGCUUUUUACUGUGGCAGGUGAUACUGUAUUGUCACCAACUCUUGGCUUAUCAGGUGGUGAUCGAAAAGCAAGUCAUGGUCUGCUCACAAUAUCAUUAAGUCCUUAUCACGGUAGCUCGGGAAGCCCGGAAAAUGCAUAUACUGGAGUUGUUCAGGAACAAGUAUCGUCACGCGCAACAUCAUGGUCGUUUGGUGCAGGGUCUCAGCAGCCUCCACUAGCGCCCAAGGGACUUAACAGAUCAGGAAGCAGUAGUGCAAACCUGACCAGUCUAGGUAGCGGGGUGUCGUCUAUAGGAAGUAGCAGUAAAUCGGCUGGAGGCAGUAGCAGCCUCAACGCUACAAGCGGGGCUGGAUCUGGUGGAAUCGCUCGAGUAUCAGGUAUUGCACCUCUGUCGCAGCCCAACGCGCUGGCGUUGCAGGGGAACGGAAGCAAUGGGGCGUUGGGAAAUGUGCAGUCUGAGGGAAACUUUGUUUCUGUAUCAAGCGUUUCGGCUUCACUAGCGUCUGGAUCACCUAUUACUCCAAUGAUGACUGGAUUAGGUGCUCCUCGCGCGCUGAUUUCACUGGUGACACUUCAAAACGUCAUCAGCACGCGCCAACUGGAGAGAAUCUUUUUAGGUGACGAAAGUGAGUAUGUGCAAGCGGGAAAUCAACUAGAUGUCAUGCGCGCACAAUUUGAGCAAAGUCAGAAUCUAAAAGAAUCGUUUGGUUUUGAUGAGCACACUUUCCGAUUUUUGGCCAAGCACUAUAUGCUAUUUCCUGAGGACGUAAUCACCAACAAGAAUGGCACCAGCACUUCAAACGGGGCUGCUUUCGGUGGCGAGGCCACUACUUCAGAGGGUGUAAUCAGCUUUGCACAAAUGUGUGCGCAUAAUGCUUUGGCAGCUCUUGUCACUGGUAACUCGAACCUGUGCCGAAUGUGGCGCAUUUUGGAGGUUCUGUUUGCCGAUGAACAAGCUGAUACCCCAAAGUCAACGCAUGAUCAAAAGAAUGGCAGUAAACGAACAUCUGGCCACUGCUAUGUGAGAAGUUUUGACUCUGAAGACGGACAGAUAGGCAUGGUAAUAGACAGAUAUACCGAUGAGAGAAAUGAUGAGCAUUCAUUUGGUGAAGGUCACCACGAUAGCCAAGCGAUCAAAUUUGCGCAAAGGGACGACAGACGAGAGAAUGACCAGCAUGGUCACAAUUCCCUACAUCACAGUAAUACUAAUAACGCAAGUGAGACGUCCAUUCUACUUGAGCAACUCGAUCAAGUGAAUCCACAAGCAAUGGAAGGAUUCGACCCAUAUCCGUACGAUCCUGUGGGAAGGCAUGCCAGUGACAACGGACGGGAUGGUGGCGAUCGCAUUGGACUGUCAGGGACGACAAAUAUACGCGGAAAUUCGUCGAUGAUUAUGAAUGGGAGUGCUGUUAUGGGCGAUUUAGCUCAUAUACGAGAUGACAUGCUAAAAGAAUUGCUCGAAUACUACACUGAAAUUGGUGAUCUUCAAACAUGUGUUGCUAUUGCCGUUGUCGUUGGGAAAGUGAUCAGUGUCGAAAAAGUCAUGGGAAAAGCGUGGCUGCAACACAUUUACAUGCAUUAUAUCGAUCUGCUUCAUCAAUUACAAAUAUACACGACGGCAAAUGAGCUGAUUGCCAAUUGCUCGGACCAAUCCAUUCGACAAAUGAACAUGAAAUCCACGAGCGUCUAUUUCAAUUGUGCGAGAUGUUCCAAAUCACUGGAGUCUUCCGGUCCCAGGGAGCUCGGUGUACCACUUUCUUUAUGUACGCACUGCAGCAAUCCUGCCACGCUAUGCUCCAUCUGUCAAUUGCCAGUUCGCGGUCUCUACGUCUGGUGUCCUGUCUGUGCGCAUGGCGGUCACUUAAAUCAUUUGACAGAAUGGUUUGCACAAGAGACGGUUUGCCCCACUGGCUGCUCGCAUCACUGCUCGCUGAGCUUGGUCGAUACUAGCACGGGACAGUGA